AGUUUGGUUUAUGCUGGGUAAGCUUAAACAUAUACUGUAGAACAAAGAUAAGAUCAUUGUCGGUCAAAUCGAAAAGAAAUGGUGAUUUUAUCAUCCUCAUCUGCUACUAGUAUUUCUACAACAUUAAAAACCCCGACAUUCUCUCACCGGAGCGUGAAACACACGCACUUUUCCCGCGUUCCACUCCUCUGCUCUUCGCCUUCGGCGGCGCGUUGCUUUAUCAGCCGGAAGUUACAAUUGUCAUCAUCAUCAACCGCUGUGACUGCUAUCCCUUUUGAUCUUUCUCCUCCACCUAUUGACCACGAUCUUUAUGAUGACUUGGCUAUUUCCGUGGAGAAUAUAUCAGAAGCUUGGGUCAUUGAAACAUAUGAUAAUGACGAGGAGGCUUUAGAUGCGGUUGACAACGGCACUGUGAUUGUUGAUCUUUCUCACUAUGGUAGGAUAAGAGUCAGUGGAGAAGAUCGUAUUCACUUUCUUCACAAUCAAAGUACUGCAAACUUUGAAGCACUUUCUAAAGGAGGGGGAUGUGACACUGUCUUUGUAACUCCAACUGCUCGAACAAUUGAUAUUGCACUAGCAUGGAACAUGAAAACAGCAGUCACACUUGUUGUAUCACCAUCAACAAGUGGAAGUAUCAGUGAAAUGCUCAGGAAGUACAUAUUUUUUGCUGACAAGGUAGAAAUUCAAGACAUUAGUGACAAGACUUGCUUGUUUGCGCUUUUGGGACCAAAAAGUAAUCAAGUAAUGGUGGAUUUGAAUCUUGGUGACCUUAUGGGACGACCUUAUGGCUCGCAUAAGCAUUAUAAUGUUGGGGGUAAUCCAGUAACAGUCGCAGUGGGAAGUGUAAUAUCUGAAGAAGGUUUCUCACUAUUAAUGUCACCAGCAGCUGCAGGAAUGAUUUGGAAAGCUCUUCUGAAUAAUGGUGCAACUCCAAUGGGCUCUAAUGCAUUGGAAACUUACAGAAUUCUUCAAGGAAGGCCAACACCUGGCAGAGAACUUACAGACGAGUUUAAUGUUUUGGAGGCCGGUCUUUGGAAUGCGGUGUCGUUGAACAAAGGAUGUUACAAAGGACAAGAAACCAUUGCAAGAUUGAUCACCUAUGAUGGAAUCAAGCAGAAGUUGUGUGGCAUUCAACUUUCAUCAGCAGUGGAACCUGGCAGUCCUAUUACAGUUGAAGGGAAGAAGGUAGGAAAGUUGACAAGUUACACCUGUGGAAAAGGGGGGAAUGAGCAUUUUGGUUUGGGGUAUAUUAAAAAGAAAGCUACUUCAAAAGGGGACACAGUUGUAGUAGGAGACGGUAUUUCUGGGAUAGUGGUGGAUGUUCCCUAUCUUGCACGCCAACAGCCAUUGGUGCCGACUUCAAAACCUUAGUUUUGGUGUCACGAUUAUAGCUGUUAUCGUUGUAGGUUUUAAUAUCUUUUCUUUGAAAAUCAGAUGUGUUUGUAUUAUUAAUAGAAUGAUAGGGCACUUCAUUCCCAUAGAAUAUGGAGUACAACUCUAUAGUAGAAUUUACUGGCAACUAUGUUGUAUGAGGUAUUUUGAUCACAUUAAAUAAUCAUCAGAGUGUGUAGAAUUCUGAGAGACUUUUUAGGAGAUUAUGAUGUAUACUUUUUAUUGUGAUCAAGUACCAUAAAGAUGUAAGAUGUAUCAGGUAACCAUAAAGAAUGUAAGCGAAUGUUUUCUGUCAUA